UCAAAUCUCUCAUUCUCUCUCUCUCUCAUCACUCAUUUGCUACCGUUUAUUUACCUCCUCUGGCGUUAUGGCUACUCUCCAUAAACUAGAAGAACAGCUCACCUGUGCUGUGUGUCUUGAUCAAUAUACCAAUCCUAAGACUUUACCCUGUCUACAUUCAUUUUGUCAGCAUUGUCUGGAGGGAUUACCACUGGAUAAGAGGAAUACAAUCUAUUACCUCUUCUGCCCAACUUGUCGUCAUUAUACUGAGUUACCAGAAGAAGGAGUGCCAGCCCUGCCUGCUGCAUUCACUCUCAACAACCUCAAAGAGUUGUAUAGCUUAAUGAAAAAGUCAACAGAUUUAUCCAAUCCUGAAGAAGCUAGAUCUACAUGUGGCGAUCAUGGAAAGCCUUUGGAGCUAUUUUGUGAAUCAUGUGAUACAGUAGUGUGUAUUAACUGCUCAUAUCGUAAUCACAAACAUCAUCAAUGUGAAUUGAUCACUGACAGUUACCCCAAGCACUGUCAUACGUUAAGAGAAUCUUUAUUACGAGUUGAGGGAAAGAAGGAAGCACUCAAGAAGGUUCUGUCUGCAUUAUCAAAAAGAGAUGGUGAAAUCAGAGAGAAAGGAGAAAGAGUUUUAAAAGAAAUACAUGAAAUGGUAGAAGAAAUGAUAAAUGUUCUUCGUCAGUCAGAACGAAAACUGACUGAACAGGCAAAAAGGGUCACUGAUGCUAAAAUCGCAAGGCUUUCAGAUCAAAUGAAAUCAGCAGAAAUGAAUUUGAAUCUUUUGGAAAAUGUUAAGGACUGUGUUGACAAGAGCCUAAAGACAAGCAGUCCUCAACAACUUCUAGGGUCUAAAAGACAGUUGAUGGAGCGUUUGAGUGAAGUUACUGCACAGAUAAAUAUUGAGAAAUUAUAUCCAAGAGAAAAAGCUGAUUUUAUGUUGAGUAAAGAUACCAAGCCAUUACACCACAUUGGAGAUAUUGUGACGCACUCAUCUACUGUGCUACAGCAAUGUAGAGUGAAGAAAGUUGAGUGCUUUCAACAUGUACCAAAACAAAAGAAAUUUUUGUUUUCACUAUCAAUGGAGGCUCCAGAUUCAUCUAUUUUGUCAGUUCCCCUCUCUUCACUCAGGUGUAGUUUGGUACCAAUUCGUAAAAGUGAUCAACCAGUUUAUACUACAGUCACUACCACUGGUACUGAUUCGAAAGCAUAUAGGAUACAGUGUAACCCUUCAACCAGUGGUACUCAUACAAUCAAAGUACAAGUAUAUGGUGUACAGCUUGAAGAUACUUCAAUAGUUAUCCCGAUCAAUCCUUACCUUGAUAAUAUUUCUCCAGUAUGUGCUAUUACUGGGCUUAAUAAUCCCUGGAAAAUUAAUGUAAGUGAUGAUGAUGUUAUAAUAACUGAGUAUUUUGGUGAUUGUGUGACAAUCUUGGAUAAAGAAGGGGAAAAAAUGAAAAUAUUUGGAGGGAAAGGUGGAAAUAAUAAUGUUACUUUUUCUUCUCCACAUGGUAUAGCCAUUACUCCAGAAAAAAAUAUUCUUGUGUCUGAUUGUCAUAGUAUCCAGAUGAUAAGCAUGGAUGGAUACCAAGUAGCUUCAGCUGGUGAAUAUGGCAGUGGGCAACUAGAAUUUGAUACUCCUCAUGGUAUUGCUAUUUCUCCUAUUACGGGACAGGCCUAUAUUGCUGAUUAUGGAAACCAUCGUAUACAAGUGUUUAAUCCUGAUCUAACUUUCUCUCAUUCAUUUGGUAGUAAGGGGUCAGUUAAUGGACAGUUUCAGUUACCACAUGACAUUGCUAUUGAUAGUGAAGGAUUAGUGUAUGUUGCUGAUACUGAAAAUCAUCGCAUUCAAAAGUUCUCUCCAGAUGGGAAGUUUUUGGGUCAGUUUGGUAAUAAAUUUUUUAGCUAUGGAAAACUUCAUGGUCCAAUAGGUAUAACAAUAGACACUGCAGUUACUGGUCUAGUAUAUGUUAGUGAAAUGGGCAAUAAUCGUAUCUCAGUCUUCACUACUGAUGGCAUGUUUGUUAAUAGGUUUGGAAGUAAAGGCAGUGAUUUAGAUCAAUUUAGUUGUCCUUAUGGAUUAGCAUUUGAUAAAGAUGGAUUUUUGUAUAUUUGUGAUUAUUUUAAUAAACGAAUUGUUAUUUAUUGAUUUUUUUAUUUUAUUUUAAUUCCUUAAAAGUUAAACAUAAGAAUAACGACCAUUUUAAACUAA